AUGCCGCCGAGAGUACGGUGUGCCGUCCCCCGCGGGCUGGGGUCGGCCGUGAAGCCCACGAGGUUAUCAACACAGUCCGCCGCUCAACUCCUCCCCUCUGCUCCCGCAACAACCCCAGCAACGAGACAAUAUGCCACUGCUGCUGUAUCCAACCGAUUUCAGCUCCCCGCCGAUUACGUUCCGCCAACCCAGCCACCAACCGCGAAGCUGGGCGACACUCGAAAGUCGCAACUCCUCCGAACCUACACUUCCCUCCUCCGCUCCUCGCCCCUGAUCCUCAUCUUCCAAUACAACAACCUCACCGCGGUCGAAUGGGCUGCCGUACGGCGUGAACUGGGUGCUGCGCUGGCCGAGGUCUCGCCCGAGGGCACAGAGUCGGCCGAGAUCGCGGCCAACACCCAGAUACAAUCCAUUCGGGGACGCAUGUUCGACAUUGCGCUCAAGAUUGUCGAAUUCUACGAUCCAUCGAAGGUUGCCCCGGUUAAGGCGUCCACGCUCAGCGGCGAGAAGGUUGAUGUGGUGUACAACCACGAUCUGUCCGCGGCGGCCGACAAGGCCAUGAGGGCGGCCGUGAAGAAGGGUGGGGAGUUACCCGCGUCCUCUGUCUACGGCCAGAUCUUACCACUACUCGUCGGGCCACUGGCGGUAUUAACCAUACCGGCUGUGUCGCCGGCACAUUUGGGCGCUGCCUUGAGGGUCCUUGCUCCGAGCCCACCGGCAUUUCCUGCGCCGACCAGGAAGAAGCGGCCCGGGUACCACGACCCCAUCGCGCAGAGUGGGCUUCAGAAGCUUAUUCUUAUCGGCGGGCGAAUCGAAGACAAGAUCUUCGAUCAGGAUGGUGUGAAGUGGGUUGGUGGUAUCGAGGGUGGUCUGGAUGGGCUGCGGGCCCAACUUGUCCACAUGCUCCAGAGCGCCGGUAUGGGCCUGGCAAGCACGUUGGAAGGCGCGAGCAAGAGUGUUUGGCUUACUUUGGAGAGCCGCCGCAGCGGGAUGGUGAGCGAGUUUGAGACGAGUUUGGGGUUGAGGUUGGAUUAUGAGGCGUGUUUGGCGUAUUUGGUUUCGCCGCCGUUGGGGGCGAUCUUGUUGCUGAUUUUGGAGCGGAAGAGUGACUAUGUGAGGUUCCACGCGUGGCAGUCUAGUCUACUGUUUACCGCACUGUUCGUGGUCCACUUGUUAUUUUCGUGGUCGACAUUCCUCAGUUGGCUAUUCUUCCUGGGUGAUCUAGUCUUGAUCGCCUGGUUGGUAUUCCAUGCAUAUCGGGAUGCGGAUACGUUGGACAGGUACGAAGUCCCUAUUGUUGGAGCGAUCGCCAGUCGUAUUCUUGACGACGAGUAA